AUGAGUUCCGAAUCUUCGAAUUUCUCAAGUGGAAGCCCGAAUGGUAUGAAUAGUGCCGGGUUGGCAGCUGCAGUGGUUGCGGCUGUUGCUAGCGUUCUUGGUUUAUUUAAAGGCUGGAAGCUUUGGAAAAAAGGGAAAGCCACCAAAGAUAAUACGGAUAUAGAAUCCAAUGCCGAUCGCGAAGAUACCUUCACAAUCUCAGGGACCCCCGAUAGCGUGAGAAUAAGCAGAGCGUCCAACACGCGUACGAACCUCACUAUUCAAUUCAUUUCUCAUCCUCCCAUGUAUCCAAACAAUCAUCGUGGGUACGCGGCCUCGCUGCCCAGCUAA